AUUGAAGCGAUUGUAACACGCCUGCCAAAGUUUUGGCUGCAAAAAUGUUUGAGAUGGCCCGAAAUGGUUACAGUCGCCGCUACAGUCGGAUGCUGGCUGUUGCCUAGAAAUACGAAAGCCAGCAAAAGCCCCAAAAAACAGUACCGGAAAAACAAACCCGAAACCGAAACCGAGACCUCAGACUCGAAAAUAAUGUCCUGCUGCUACAUGCAUUGAAGUUGACAUCACACACACACAGAUACACACCCACACACACACACACAGAGCCAGUGAAAGCUUUUUGAGCAGAGCGGAGAGGAAGGAGUACAAUGGUCAUCCAGUGCACAUGUGAUUGCAACUGCAGUGAUAGUAGAGAUAACCGGAGCCUCAUCUCCUCGUGCCUCCCAGCAGCAGUAGCAGCAGCAGCAGCCACAGUGCCACCACGCCAGCAGCAACGAGGCGGCGGCACCGGCGGCAACCAUCAUCCAUUCGGUUCCUCAGCAGCCUCUGGUGGCGAUGAUAUGGAGCAUAGGAUACCAUACUAUCGCCGCUUAUCGAAUACCUCAUCAGCCCUGUACGGCAGCUGUCCCCAAUUGCUGGCCACCAGCACCAGCACCAGCACCCUACCGCAUCCCUGUCCCCAUCAUUCGUCCAGGCAGCUGGAGGACAGACAGUACUCGAGUCUGGUGAGACCCAAGCAUAGGAGUCCCGUGCUGUGCAACAAAUCCUGGUGGGUUUCAUGUCCCAGGCUCUCGAAUCUAUCCAGUGAACAGCUCCAGGAGCUCCAGGAACAGCAAAUAAAAAUGCAGUCGUCGCACUGCCAUGCUGGAGGCGGGGCAACACCCACGGCCACGGCCACAGCCACAGCCGCCGCCCUGCCGCGCUUCCCCGUGCAAACGGCCAAGAGGCAUUGUGACAAUUUUGGCAGCUAUGCCACAUUGCCCACCAUUGAACAGCAGCACCAGGGACAGCAUCCUCAGCAUCCUGUCGCCUGCAGUCGACAUGGUGGCGGUGCCGUUGGCGUAUUGCCUGCCCCACCGCCUCCACGCUGGUAUGGUGGUGUGGCCGCUGCAAAUCCCAAUUUGAAUGGCUGCUGUUAUAUGUACAAUCCGCCUAGCACAAACCCUCAUCACCAGCAUCAUCAGUAUGCCCCACAAUAUUGCCUCUGCGAUAAUUGGUAUCAACAACAACAACAACAACAACAACAACAACAGCAGCAGGUGCACCAUCAUCAGGUGCAACAAAGAAGCAAACCGAAUGGCGGCGGCUGCUACUUUGGCUAUGAGGGCCACCACACCCAUCCCCAUCCCCAUCCCCAUCCCUCCAUCCCCAUGCAUGCGCCGACGACACACUUGCCGGUGCCACCGCACAUCACCGAUGAGGAGGAUUCGGCCUUUCCGGCACUGGCCGAUCGGGAGUUUCAUAUGCUGCAUCGGAACAUACCGGCAUUGCGGCGCACGGGCGUGGACACCACACGCAUCCGACAGUACUUUUACCCCGAUGGCGGCUGGGGCUGGAUCAUCUGUGGCGUCUCCUUUCUCGUUCACAUCCUGACCACCGGACUGCAGCUCAGCUACGGCCUUCUGUUGUUCUACGCCGUACAAUAUUUGCAUAAUACCAAUGGCAUAGAACUCCUGGGCGCCCUGAGCUGGUCAAUUUCCAUGCUGGCCACACCGUUUGUGGUGUCGCUCUGUCGAAAGCGCUCCAUUCGGCUGCUCUCCAUUGUGGGUGGCCUCGUGAUGCCCCUGGGCAUACUGUUCACCUCAUUUGCCACGGAAUUUGGACAGGUUGUUUUCAGUUAUGGCAUCGUCUUUGGCAUCGGUGUCGCCAUGGUGCGUGAGGCAUCCACCGUGAUGCUCGGCAAUUACUUUAAGCGUCGCCGUCAAUUCGUCGAAAUGGUGGCCAUGUCCGGCGAGGGUGUGGGCAUCGCAUUGUUCUCCGUCAUCCUGAAGGAGGGCGUGGGCAAGGCCGGCUGGCGCCUGGGCCUGCAGAUUGUGGCCGCCCUGACGGCCCUCAGCUUUUUCAUGGGCCUCAUGUAUCGACCGGCCUCCCUCUACCAUCCCCAGCGACGGGCCAUCCAGCACUUGAAGAAUCAGCGCAAAAAGAUGAGGGAAAAGAAACCGAUUUUGAGCCAGGAAGUGGAGUCCCCGACGAGAUAUCUUUUUUUGGACAUAUCAUCACUGAAAUCGGUGACAGUUAAAAUCUUAUUAAUGACCUCCAGUGUGGCCUCCUUUGGCAUUUACACACCCAUGUUCCUAAUGGCUCUCAAUGCCGCCAAGGAGGGCUCGGAUGUCCAGGAAUUGGUUUUGUUGCAGACUUUUCUUGGCAUUUCCAUGGCCCUGGGUGUGGUUAUAGCUGGGGCCCUGCUGCGUCGCGUCUUUGUGAUCAGACACUUUGUAAUUAACACGAAAAUUGUCACCCAGCUCUUCAUAUCAAUUGUGGCCCUGGCCAUACUCUUUCUAUCCUUCGUGAUGGGCUAUAAGGGCCUGUGCAUCCUUAGCUGGUUAUAUGGCAUAGGUCUGGGUGGCUUUCAGUAUUCCUUGAAGAUUUUGGCACUGGAACGAAUAAAACUAAAGCAUUUCUCCAAGGCUUGGGGUUUCAUUCGAGGCGUUGAAUCGGUUCCGGUUCUGAUCAGUGUGCCACUGACUUCCUUCCUCAACGAUUACUCCCUGAAAUACGGUCGUGCUGGCUACUAUAUUUGCUCCGCUGCCGCUGCCAUCUCUGGCAUCAUAAUCUUCUUUAUCAGUGAACCGCAGCACCAGCAGAACCAGCAGCAGCAGCACCACCAUCACCAGCACCAGCAUCGCGGCGGACAGCCGCAUUUGAAUGGACACCUGCCCACGCCCAUGCUGAUGCGGCACUCUUCGGCGAGGCAGCAUCGGCCCCCACACAUGCACAUGGACUAUGGCUACGGGGAGUAUCCGGCCCCUGAUCUCCUCAGUCGCAGCUGCAUUAGUCUCAAUCAAAUGGAUCCGUAUCUGCAGACCAGCGCCAACUAUUGCCAACGUCACAUGCAGCAGCAGCAGCAGCAGCAGCAGCAACAGCACCAUCACUCCCAUUCCCACUUACAUGCCCUUGGCCCACCUCAGCAGCAUCCACAGCAGUUGGCGUGCCACAAUCUGGACAUGCAGCAGGUGCGCGGCGGCGCCUAUCAGGCGGGGCAGGGCAGCAUUGGGGCCCGCAUGGGCAAGCGUCUGCAGCGCAGCCUGUCCUUCAUUCAGCAGCACAACUGCUGCGAUGGCCUCUACUGCAGCUUCCACAGCACCUACGAGCUGGGCUGCCACAAGAGCAACAAAUCCCAGGACAGGCAGGCAUUGAUAUGCACCUGCAGUCCCAGCACCACCACCACCACAGCCACCACCUAUGGAGGAGGACACAUGGCUGGAGCGAGCUCCACUCGCAGCCGCAGCGUUCCAGAGGGUCUAUCGACCAUGUCGCAGCAGUGUAACUGCCGGCAUGGCCAGGCGGCCACUGGAUCAGGUUCGGGUCCAGGUCCCACCCGUGAGUUCAUCUACGUGCCGCAUGCCUAUGCCUCGCUUCAGAGAACGCCACAUCGUCAUAGCCAAGGAGCGGGUGGCGGAGCCAGUGCCGGAGCUGGCGGAGGAGGAUGCCAGACGUUGCGAAACAAUCCACAAUGCCGUCUGAAGCGUUCCCAGUCCCUGUGUCGACCCGGAACCGUGCAGUUUGUGGAGCAAAUCACCACCUCGGUGUAGGAUGCUACCCAAUUGGGUACCAUAAAACUUAUUUUUUGGUAUUAUAGUCCAACCCAGACACCACAUACAUGUUACGUGAAUCGAAUUCAGAAUUUGUCAGAUCUCUUCUAGUCUUUUGUCGUAUGUAGCUCUAUUAGAAAUGUAAACUAAUACUCCUCUCCAGCUGGGAGCUCAAAGGGGAAUGUGGAAGAACCCACUGCCCCCCUCCCACCCUACACACACACCUUAAACAAAGAAAAGCAACUCAAUGAAUUUUCCAUAUAUAUAUAUAUAUAAAUCCCAUAUAAAAACCCACACACAACACACACAUUCAUUAAACUAGGAUGAAAAUUUUUACUCAUUAGCAUAUGAAUAUAUUAUAGAGAUUACAGACAGACGGAAAAGCUUUAUCGGGUGUCUCAAGCAGCAAGA